AUGAGCGACGUCGACCAGCAACUCGAUUACGAUCUCACAACUGAUCUUUGGGCAAAUAAUGGCUUUGAGAAAAGGAAUCGACGAGAUUAUGGGAACUCUCCACCGAUGCAAUUCUCGGGCCUCCAAGUGACCGCCUGGGUUGUUGUUUUGAUGGGAACUGGGUGUCUGAUCGGUGCGCUACUCACCGAUUUUUGGUCCAUUCAUCAUCCACAACACUCGAUUGAUGAUCUCCGAAUGCAUCGUGGCCUCUUCAAGCAAUGCAUCACCACUGUUCAUCAAAGCACUUGUCAAUUCCGAUUCACAAAUCUCAUCAAUCGAAUCAACAAUUUCAUCGAUCUCGGCUUCACGCAAAGGAGUAUGGCCUACGAGCAGCAACCAUUGCAGGGUUUCGAAGUGGUCACAGUAGUCCUGCUAAUCAUCGCUCAAUUUCUCUCAACUUUCGUGCUCAUUUGUGGCCCUUAUUGGUGCAGUCGAUGGAAGCGGAUGUCCCUGUACUCGACAUUAUUGAUCACUAUCCUAACCACAACCUCUUGUGUGAUCUAUGCAGUGUACAACUCUCGCGGAUUGACGUUCACCCUACGACAAACAAUCUAUCAAGAUGUUUUCAAUUUCGAUUUUGGCAGUGACAUCAACGAGCUCUCUUGGUCUUUCUAUUUGGCAGCUAUUGCCGUUGUUUUCUUCAUUUCAUCCGUUCUACUCAGCGCUUGUUCAAAGCCGCCAAUCGAAUACGAAGUUGUCAGUGUGGUU